UUCGUCCCCCUCAACCCACGACCCAUGCUCCAAGGCCUCGUCAACAAGGAAGUCGUCGUAAAGAUCAAGUGGGGACAAGAAUACACCGGUCGCUUGGUUUCGGUGGACUCGUACAUGAAUAUCCAACUCAGCGGUGCGCAAGAGUGGAAAGAUGGUGUGGAUAAUGGGGUUUUGGGACAGGUUUUGAUUCGGUGCAACAAUGUCCUCUGGAUCUCGGCGCGGAAGUCGAAGCAGGAGAAUGGGGAUACGGCUAUGGAUGGUUGA